CUGCAGCAGCCCAUAUUGAACAUGCCGCAGGGGCCCGCACUAAGAGGUCGCGGCGGCAUGGCGACGUCGGUGCUUCCGGUUGAGGAGCAAUUUCCUCUUGGAUCAUCAGACAGAAGAGGCGGAAGCUUUAAAUUUUGUUCUGCGAACCUAGGGUCCCUGCCUGAUGCGACUCGAGCACCUGGAAGUUCUCCCCCUGCAGGCUCACCGAAUGCAUAUGGAUCUCCUUUUGGAACCGUGAUGCAAUAUCCAGGGCACAGUAGCACUAGUCCCGGGACCACUGCAAACACUGGACAAAAUCGGAGUAGUCCGAGUAGUGCCUCGCCUCCGAUGCGAGAGAACCAUUUUUGCACCUCAAGAGGACUGAACGCUGUUCCAAGCAGUGCUCUUCCCGGAAGGGGAGGAGGCAGUCUGAUUCUCGCAGAUCCGCCGAUGCUGCACGCAGCGGCUGAGACUUACGGCGGCAGCGCCAGCAGCUCCCCUGGUGUGUCGUGCAGUAGUGCUUCGUCUGCUAAUUCCACGACCGCCGAAACAGCUUCCUGUAGUGCUAGUGCGGUCCGCAGAAACUUCUACGCGCAGAAGAUGGAGCAACAGAAGUUAGAAGCAAGCAGCGCAGGAUUUGGCGGCCCACCGGGAAUUAAUUUCAGUGCUAGCAACUUCAGUUCGGUGUUGAGUGCGGCCGCGCAGAACGGCGCCGCGAUCUCGGAUUCUGUUGUCCGUGCGAGCGCCGUUGUUCCUCCGGGUCAGGCAAGCCCACACGAGGACAUGUAUCCAGCGUCCGCGAGACGAGCAGCUUCGCCACCAAGACAAAGCGCACCUCCUGGCGGCCACCGUCCGCGCGUCCCCGGAUCACGCAGCGGGAAUGCAAGUCCUCACCGAGGGUCGCAGCAGCCAUUCAAUUGUUCUCUCGAGCAGUACAACCAGAAGGUGAUGCGGCAAAGCACUGACCCAACCCAAAGGCACCAAUACGCGGUGCGCGGCGCACCACCGACGCAACAAGCGCAGCAAGAGCCCGAGCAGACUGGAGCGGAGUACUCAAAUAAGAUACUGGACCUUUUAAAAAUUACUCAAGAAUACACAUAAACAGAAACUGUGAUGGAAACAGAAGCUCAAUCGCCUAUAGCUAAGCCAAUCGUUCCAAUCCAGGGCUGUCGCAUUGCGGAUAGUACGAAAAGUGAUGGAGUUAUCUAACGAUCCUUGUUUCGACUGGAGUUGCCGCCCACCACUGGUGACAGCAAGCGAGAUGUUCGAACUUUGCGACCAAGUAUUCGAGACGGUCCGUCAUGAGAACAGCCUCAUUGACGUGCAGCUACCAUGUAUCAAUCAGUGCCUCUGGUCUAGGGUGACUUUACAUUCCGCUUGAUUUGCUACUUCAGUUCUUCAAAUCGAAAUUUUGCAGCAGUAUCAUAUGCGAAUGUACAUGAGCUUCCUAUGAAAUUUUAACCUUUCCCUCAGGUCGCGUGUAUGGUGAUAUUCACGGGCAACUUCCAGACUUGUUGCAUUUCUUUAAUGCGUUUAGCUGGCCAGACAAGCGCCGAGGUGAUAUUUUUGCGAUGAACUAUAUUUUUCUCGGCGAUUUCGUGGACCGUGGAAAUUAUUCAGCGGAUGUGGUUACCCUUUUGUUAUGUUUGGCGCUUUUCGUGUCGAAGGACUCUUCCCUACUCAGUUGCCUUCCCUACUCAUUUUCAUCGCGAAGGUACAAACACGGGAAAAGAAUGGGUUGAUUAUUCAAAUUGGCAAGGAUCAUAGAGACGGCAUUGUUGCAGUAGGUCAUAUAGCUUCUAAUUUUGUUUGCGCUGAAGGUGCUUUACCCGAAUAAGAUCUAUCUUGUCCGAGGAAAUCACGAGGACCGGCUCAUGAACCAAAACUACGGCUUUCUCCACGACUGCGGAUUUCGUUUUCCAGACGCAGAACCCUGUGAACAGGAAGAGCAGACGCUUGGGUACAUCUGUUCAGAAGGACGAAUGAUUCGCACUACUAGUCCCACUGAGAAGAUGUUGAUGUCGCAUAGAAUUACAAGCAACCGAUGUGGUUGUUGAAAUCCAUCUGUACUCCUAGUACCAACAUCAUGAUCAUCCACUUUUAUCUUAGGCUGCACUGUCUAAGUUCUUCACGCCAAAGGUACCAAGUGUGGGAUCGUGUGAACGACACAUUUGAGUUUCUGCCCAUUUCGGCACUAGUGGAGGGUGUUAUCCUUUGCAUUCAUGGCGGAAUUGGUGACUCGAUUUUCUCGCUUGACGACCUUCGAGAUAUUCCAAAACCCAUACGCAUUUCCGCAGAGAUCAACGAGGAGACCACGCGCCAGGAUCGGGUGCUGAUAUAUCAGUUUGCAGGGCAUCCAUCUCUGUCUUGAUCAUGAUCUAUCAGCCUCGUUGACGCUGUCAGUGCAAGCGUGGAGUGGUCCGACGGCGAAGGUGGCUUCGGUUUGAAUAAUAUCGAUAAGAAUUAUCUAUCUGCACAACUCUAUCCACCACAACCUAUAGGUCGUCCUUGACGCACUUUGGAGUGAUCCAACUGAUAACGACGCAGUUUUGGGCGUGCACUUGUCUCCGCGAGGACAGAACACUUGUCGUUUUGGUCCAGAUCGCGUGCAGGAAUUCAACAAACGAAAUGGCCUCAAAAUGAUCAUUCGGGCACAUGAAUGCGUGCAAUACGGGUACUAAUGAUUCAUCAAUUAUAUUGUGAUAUUAGAGCAGGAGCAGCACCUGUUCCAAUAGAUACUUGUGGAACAAAUACUUCUCACUUUCUUUCGGAUAGAUUGAAAUAGAGAUUUCCUGCAUUUGAGAACCGGUUUCGUGACUGGCAAAACUUGAGUUACAAAGCUUGUUCAGCAGGUACGAGUACUUUGCUAACGGGCAGCUGCUGACAGUUUUCUCGGCGACGAAUUAUUGCAAUCAGUACAACAACGACGGAGCUAUGGUCGUCCUAGUUCGGAAUCCUGAUGGGUCAGUGGUGGAACAUGCGCAAGUCAUACGGUCCGGCACUGGUGAGCAGCCAUGGCCCACAGAGCAGUUCCGCGAUCCUUCACCCAUGCGCGGCGGCCAACGGUGAACAUGCUAUACUACUGUUUAACAGAGGAGCUGCAUCGAUGUCGAGAUUGAUACCGGAUAAUUGAUUGUCGCUGCGCCAGCACCUCGAAAAUACGACGCAAGUACUAGCUGAAGUUGAAUUGAUUUACAUUACUCAAAAGGCAUCAUGAUAUCAUCUCCGAAUAUGACUGAACUGUGGACUGCAAUAUGAUUCUUUAACAGCACUCGGGAACCGACCGCUAUCCAUUGUGGCUUUGAAGAUUUUCGCAGGUACCGUCUCCUUGAAAACUUCUAUAGUAACAACAGUACUCCUGUUGAUAUUGUCGAAAUUUAAGUUGAAAAUGCUGAACAAAGAAUCAAGAAGGAAAAUGCUAGGUAAACAAAAAUGCCAAGAGAAACUGGAAAUGUUAUUGGUGUGAUCUAAAAACGAGCGACUGAUGUCUGUGUGCACGGUUAAAAUCUGUUCUGGU